AGUUGAUACGGUUUUCAUUUUUCCUUCUGUUUACAUCUACUUGGUUAGUUUCACCUAUAUUUUCAUACGAACUACUCUUUAGGGAAUACUCUUUUAUCAACUAUGGCUAUGCAAAGUGUUAAACUAGUCGUAGUCGGCGACGGCGCUGUCGGUAAAACAUGCCUUCUUAUUGCCUACACAAGUAAUUCCUUUCCCAAGGAAUAUGUUCCUACAGUGUUUGACAAUUAUAAUGCCAACGUCCGAGUAGCCGACAAAACAGUAAGUCUGUCCCUCUGGGAUACUGCUGGUCAGGAGGAUUAUGAUCGACUGAGACCUCUAAGCUAUCCUCAGACCGAUGUAUUUUUGAUCUGCUUUAGUGUUAUUUCUCCUACUUCUUUUUCUAAUGUUCGAACGAAGUGGUGGCCAGAAGUUACUCAUCAUUGUCCCGGUGCAAAAAUCAUUCUGGUUGGCACUAAACUAGAUCUCCGAGAAGACAACGAUAAAUUAGAAUCCCUUAAAGAGAAGGGUCUAUCUCCUGUUACGACUGAGCAAGGAAGGGACAUGGCUAACGAGAUUAAAGCUGUUAACUUUAUGGAAUGUUCUGCAUUAACACAGAAAUGUUUGAAGGAAGUGUUUGAUGAGGCUAUUAGAGCUGUCGUAUUGCCAUCUAGAAACCAAAAAGUAUCAAAACGUGGUCGUGCUGCUUGCAUCCUCUUGUAAUUGGUUUACAUCUACAGGUGAAAAAUGCUUACAUGUACGAUUAGCAGCUAUAUAUUCAAAGAAAAACAUGUGAAAUACUUGAACUAGGAGAGAAAGAGUGAAGCGAGAGGCUGUAUUGAAAUGAUCAUGACUUUAUUUUGUCUAUAGGAAACAGCAACCAGAUAUCUCGCAACCAGUUUUCAUAAAUGUCUAGCAAAUUUUAUUAUUCGACCAAUGACUCUUAAUAUAUAUCUGCCAAAGCGAGUUUUAAAAUUUUUAUCCCCUGUUGGGCUUUUCAUGUUAAUUCUUUCUCUAUUAGCUUGACCAGCUCACAGUGUAUGGGAAAAACUUCAUUUCUAAGCUCGAAGGUGGUUUUAACUAA